CCGAUGGCUGGCAGAUAUUUUAACAAAAACAAUUUAUUGGAAUUCUGUAAGCGCUUCACAACAAGCGAAUUCCAGCAAUAUUUGAAUUUCAACAAGCAAAAUGCAGAAAAUAAUAAAAGUGUUCAGAAAGUGUCUGACUUUUGGCAACUAAUCGGCUGGAAUUACUAUUAUAAGCAACUGCAAGCGAAAAUGGAGCGUUUAGUCGAUGACGUGGAACUUGGCUUUCAAGCGCUUGGCCGCAAAGUACCAACAACGGGGAAGCAAUCACUGCAACAAGCUAAGCGUAAUGUACAACAGCUGAUGCUUCAGUCCAAACAACGUAUACGCCAAUUGGAAAGGGAUAUUGUACGCAUACGUGAUUACUUGCCACACAGGGAAGCCACUAAACAUGAUACACGGAAAACGGAAUAUCAAAAUAUAGACUCUAUAACGAUGAUGGAAGAGGGUAAACUUGCUAAAGAUAGACCUCAACUCAUUUUUGAUUUGAAAGGCGACAUGCAGGAUUUUUUAUUGCAAAGCAACAGGAAGACUACCCUUACACAUGAAUCUACCUCUGCAACAAAAUCUAUUGAUGAAUCGAAACCAACACAAGUGAGGGAAAAUAUACAAAAAUCUACUAAACAAACUUUAGAAGUUGAUAAAAAGCUGUCAAAUGACUCAUCGAUGACUGAUUCUGCUGUAUCCUUGCGUGUCGCUGAUGCUGAUAUACCGAGAUCCCUAAUGCUUAGCGCUGAUAAGAGUAACUGAGCAGAGUUUGUGCUAUUCGGCAAGCCUAUUGUUCUAUGAAUUGUAUAUGAUUUUGAAGGAAGCCUAUUUUUUUACAUAAAAAAGAAUUUUUUUCAGAUUCUUUCACUUCUUAUAUACAUUAUGCAAUA